AUGGCCACCAAGCUUGAAGAUGUCAUCCUCCUCUACGGAGGCGAUCUAUCGUCCGAUGUGGCUGAGCAAAUCAGUAGCAAACUCUCGACGCUCCCCAUCGACCCAACUCAUGUGCACAGAAUCAGCAUGUCCAAGAGCAAAGAAUUCAAGGCCGCCCUUCUCGAAGGUCCUCUUGCCAAACCAUCCACACUAGCAAUAUUCAUCGCACAAACAAUCGAGAACGAAUCACCACCCGAAGACGCCGGAGCGUGUGUACGAUUCUUCAAACGAAAGACACACCCUGAAACUUUGCUAAACUCCAAAGUACAAUACGCAGUACUCGGCCUGGGUGAUAGCAACUUGUUACUCGAUAGACAACACACUUCGGCCAAAGAUUGUAAUCAGGUAGCUCAAGCAUUAGAUACACGAUUUGAGACAUUGGGUGGACAAAAGUUUUGUGAACGUGGGGAAUCUGACGAACGGACGGGAUUGUCGGAGGUUGAUCCGUGGAUUGAGAUGAUUGUUGCCAAGAUUAAGGAUUGUCUGUGA